AUGUCGACUUUCCCCCAUAACGUCGCCCUGCUUCUGUUACAGAUCCUCUUGCAAAGACAACAGUACCUGGCGCAUCGCGAUAAAUCUUUGCAAUUAAAGUCCCUAUUAAAAGAGCCCAUAGUGGACGCACAAGUUCUAGAGCAAUUCACGUCGCACAAACUAGUGAAACUGUAUUCUCCAGAGCUGCAGGAUGUCACAUUAAGAACUCUACGGGCCAUGGUCGGCCAGCUAUUUGUGGAGGGAGCGGAAGAACUAUCGGACCAGCAGAUAACGGUGAUCACACUGGCGAAUAGUUACUACAAUAAGCGUAUUCAACAAUUAGAGACCCAGUUAUUGCCACAAUUGAAGCAAGAGCUGGUACAACUGCUGCAGUGA